ACCUUGGUCCAAUCAGAGCAGAGCUGCUCUGCCGGGGCUCUCGUCCCCUCUCCCCAAAGUGGUAUAUGUACCGCAAGACUCAGCCAGAGUCCUUUACUCGACACAUACUUCAGAUAAGUAAGAAGACGCAAAAGGUUCAGGAUUUUGGGGGAGUUUGUUCUGCAGAAGGAGACUCCUCAAGAGGUCUGUCUCUCUUGCAGAUAACAGAGUUCGAGCUGAUUCUGGCCCGUUUGGGAGCCUGAUGUCUCUGCAUUUAUCUCCAGAAUCAACCUGAGGUUGCGAGUGGCAAGUGAAGAAGUAACCCCUUAAAGGUUGUUGAAGAAGAAAAUGGAUACCAGAUUGUUAUGGCUGUUCUCUCAACUCUUAGUAGCUUUUUGCACGGGACAAGACACGGGAACAGAGCCGGAGCAACCGGAGGAGAUCCCAGAGGGCGCAUCCACUCUGGCGUUCGUGUUCGAUGUGACCGGCUCCAUGUACGACGACCUGGUCCAAGUGAUCGAAGGCGCGUCUAAGAUACUGGAGACGUCCCUGAGCAGACCCAAGAGACCGCUGUACAACUUCGCGCUUGUCCCCUUUCACGAUCCAGAGAUCGGACCUGUUACCAUCACAACAGACCCAAAGAAGUUCCAGUACGAGCUGAGGGAGCUGUAUGUCCAGGGUGGUGGAGAUUGUCCAGAGAUGAGCAUCGGAGCCAUCAAGAUCGCCCUGGAGAUCUCUCUGCCGGGGUCCUUCAUUUACGUCUUCACAGAUGCCCGAUCGAAAGACUACAAGCUGACCCAUGAGGUUCUGCAGCUCAUCCAGCAGAAACAGUCACAGGUGGUGUUCGUACUGACAGGCGACUGUGAUGACCGUACUCACGAGGGCUACCGGGCCUACGAGGAGAUCGCCUCCACCAGCUCUGGACAGGUCUUCCAUCUAGACAAGAAGCAAGUCAACGAGGUCCUGAAGUGGGUGGAGGAGGCGGUGCAGUCGUCCAAGGUCCACCUGCUGUCCACCGACCACUCCAAGGGCGUCAGCCACACCUGGCAGAUGCCCUUCGACCCCAGCCUCAAGGAGGUCACGGUGGCACUGAGUGGCCCCGCGCCCGACAUCGAGAUACGGAACCCCCAAGGGAGGCUGAUGGGGCAGAGUGACGGCCUGACGGAGCUCCUCCACAUCCAGAACUCUGCCAAGGUGGUGAACAUCAAAGACCCCCUGCCUGGCAUGUGGUCCAUCAAGACGUCGAGCCAGGGACGACACUCGGUCCGCAUCUCCGGCCUCAGCACCAUCGACUUCCGCGCCGGCUUCUCCCAGAAGCCCACCCUGGACUUCAGGAGGACGUCCCGGCGCCCGGUGCAGGGCAUCCCCACCCACAUCCUGCUCAACACCACGGGUCUGGCCCCUCCGGCCCUCCUGGACAGGCUGGAGCUGGUGUCCAUCACGGGGGAGGUGGUGAAGACCCUCCCCAUCCUCUCCUACCCCGGACGCCAGCCCUUCAGCCUGUGGAACAUCAGCGAGUUCAUCCCCCCCAGCGAGGCCUUCUUCCUCCGGGUGUCCGGGUACGACCGGGAAGGCGUCCUGUUCCAGAGGGUCUCCAGCGUGUCCUUCUCCAGCAUCGUCCCAGAUGCCCCCUCGGUGGUGAUGCCGGCCACCACCCCUGGGUACUACCUCCAGGGCGGCGCCAUCCCCUGCCUGGUGGACAGCCUCAUCCCCUACACCGUGCGCUUCACCAGGGACGGGCGCCGGCUGGGAGCCGACCAGCUCUUCAGGGAGUCAGACACGGCGUCCUGGGAGAUCCCCCUGGUCACCCUAAAGGACGAGGGCCACUACGAGUGCAUCGCCAUCAGCAGCGCGGGGACGGGGCGAGCCAGAACCUUCCUGGACGUAUCAGAGCCCCCUCCGACCGUCAUGGCGGGGGCCAACGUCACCGCCCCCCCGGGCUCCGGGGCCUUGCUCACCUGCAGCGUGGUCAGCUCGGUGCCCUUCAACCUCACCUGGCUGCGGGGGGGCCAGGGGGCGCCCGGGGCCCCCCGGGGGGCCCUCUCCCUGGAGCUGAGCGCCGUGGGCCCCGAGCACGCCGGCUGGUACCAGUGCCUGGCCGCCAACGAGGGGGGCGUGGCCUCGGCGCGGGUCCACCUCACCGUCCAAGAACCGCCCACCGUGUCCGUCCAGCCCCAGAACCAGACCUUCGUGAGCGGCCAGGAGGCCCGGAUCAGCUGCUCGGCCCGCGGCCACCCCCCCCCUCGCCUGGAGUGGAGCCACGACGACGUCCUCAUCACGGGGUCCAGCAGGCACCGGGUGAGUCCCGAUGGAGCGCUGGUCAUCAGGACCACGGGGCGGGGGGACGCCGGGGUGUACGGCUGUCUGGCCACCAACCAGGCCGGGACGCACACGCAGUCCUCCACCCUGACCUACAUCGAGUCUCCGGUGGUGACAGCGGCCCUCAGUGAGAUCCUCGUCGGUCUGGGAGAGACGGCCGUCAUGGCCUGUUCAGCGACAGGGAUCCCUCAGCCUGAGAUCUGGUGGUACAAAGGAGAGACACGGUGGGGCCGGUCCCCCCGGGUGGAGGUGGACGCACUGGGCGGCACCAUGACCAUCAACGACACCCGGGCCGCGGACGCCGGCGACUACACCUGCGUGGCGGGGAACUCGGCGGGAACCUCCUCCGGGAGCAUCACCCUGGACGUGGGAGCCCUGCCCACCUUCUCCCAGCAGCCGGCCGAUGUGUGGGCCGACCUGGGCUCCAACGUGACGCUGGCGUGCGUCGCCCAGGGGUACCCCGAGCCGCUGGUCACCUGGCGGCGGGGGGACGGCUCCUCCCUCCUCCAGCGGGGCCCCUCCCCCAGCACCGUCACCCAGAGCCGCGGGGGGCUGCACCUCAUCAACCUGUGGGUGGAGGACGAGGCGGUGUACGUGUGCGAGGCCCACAACCACUUCGGCAGCGCCCAGGCCCGGGCGAAGGUCACGGUGACCGGACUGGUGGCCCCCCUGCUGGCCCCGGGCCCCGGGAUGCUCAGCGUGGUGGAGCAGCAGCCGCUCACCCUGCCCUGCCUGCUGCUGGCCGGGAACCCCCUGCCCCAGAGACAGUGGCUCCACAACCACGGCCUGCUGACCUCUGACCAGUACGUGACGGUGCGUCGGGACGGCAGUCUGCACAUAGAGAGGGUCCGUCUGGAGGACGCCGGGGAGUACACCUGCCUGGCCGAGAACCUGGUGGGGGCCAGCAACCACAGCACCCUGCUGCAGGUCUACGUGACCCCCACCAUCCAGCACGGGCCCCAGGUGUUUGGGACGGUGGAAGGCACCGGCCUCGCUCUGCCCUGCCGGGCCAACGGCCUGCCCCCCCCAGAGAUCACCUGGGCCAAGGCCGGGCAGCAGCUGGACCUGGGGGGUCCGGCCUUCUCCCUGGACCCCGACGGCAGCCUCCGGGUCAGCUCCCCCUCGGGGGAGGAGACGGGGGAGUUUGUCUGCACGGCCACCAACGCGGCCGGCUCCAGCUCCAGGAAGGUCCAGCUCACCGUCUACGUGCGCCCCAGGCCCAGCGGGGGGGACGGGGGUCCUGCCGGCCCGGCGGAGCCCCCCAGGGUGUCGGUGGUGGAGGGCCAGGACGUCACGCUGCCCUGUGGGGUCCACAGCUUCCCCCCCCCCACCAUCACCUGGGCCCGGGGGAGGCAGCUCAUCUCCCCCUUCUCCCCCAGACAUAAGCAGCUCCCCUCUGGGUCAAUGAGGCUCUUGGAGAGCAAAGUGCCAGACUCGGGCCUGUAUGUGUGUGUUGCUUCCAACAUCGCUGGCAACCUCAGCCAGUCCAUCCACCUCAGCGUUCUGGUGCCCCCCAGCAUCCAGCCGGGCCCCCGGGUGAUGAAGGUGGCUCUGGGCCACCCCGUGGAGCUGCCCUGUGUGGCCCUCGGGGACCCCCCGCCCUCCGUCAGCUGGUCCCGGGACGGCGCCCGCUACCCGGCCGCGGCGGACGGCAGCCUGGCCCUGGGCGCCGUGGGGCUGGAGGACCAGGGGACCUACGCCUGCAGGGCCUCCAGCAGCGCCGGCUCCGCCGAGGCCCGGGUCCAGCUGCUGGUGCAGGUGCCCCCAGUGGUGGAGGUCCUGGAGACCCCCUUCAACAGCCCCCUGCAGGAGAGAGUGGCCAACCAGCGCAUCGCCUUCCCCUGCCCCGCCACCGGUCUUCCUAAGCCUGUGAUUCGCUGGCUGCGUGACGGCGUGGAGCUGAGUGGCAGCGAGCCGGGCGUGUCCAUCCUGGAGGACGGCACGCUGCUCCUCCUGUCCUCGGUGUCGCCGCUGGACAGCGGAGAGUAUAGCUGCACCGCCGCCAACGACGCCGGCUCCACCCAGAAGAAGUACCAGCUCAAGGUCAACGUGCCGCCGGUGUUCCGGGGCGAGGCGUUGCCGGGCAACGUGUCUGUGGUCCUGAGCCAGCCCGCCAGCCUGAGCUGUGACGUCACAGGAAGUCCCACCCCCUUUGUUACCUGGUACAAGGACGGGAAUCUGGUGGUUCCGGGGAACAGCGUCCAGAUCCUGGACGGUGGGAGGACCCUGCUGCUGCUGAAGGCAGCGCCCGCGGACGCAGGCAGCUACAGCUGUAAAGCCAUCAACAUCGCCGGCAGCACAGACAAGGACUUCUUCCUCGAUGUCCUGGUCCCUCCCAGUAUCAUAGGGACAGCUUCUCCAAAGGAUCUCUCUAGUGUUCUCAACCAAGAGGUCAGUUUGGAGUGCAAGGUCAAAGGUCAGCCCUUCCCCACCGUCCAGUGGUACAAAGACCGAAAGCCGGUGUUCCUGGGGGACCCUAACCUGGAGGUCACCGACCGAGGUCAGCUGCUGAGGAUCCGUAGCUCCCGUCUGGGCGACGCUGCCCGCUACCAGUGCAGCGCCAGCAACGCCGCCGGGAGGCUGCUCAAGGACUUCAACCUCAGCGUCUACGUGCCCCCGUCCAUCAGGGGGGGCAACGUGACCUCGGCGGUGGUGGCCGUCCUGGACUCGGCGGUGAGCCUGGAGUGCGAGGCCCGCGGCGUGCCGCAGCCCGCCGUCACCUGGUACCGCGGCGGCCAGGUGCUGCUGUCCAGCCGCCAGGCGCAGUACGGGGAGCGAGGCCGCUUCCUGGAGAUCCCCCGCGCCCAGGCCCGGGACGCCGGCAGCUACGCCUGCAGGGUGACCAGCGUGGCGGGGGCGGCCGAGAAGGGCUACGAGCUGGACGUCUACCUACCCCCCACGGUGACGGGGGGCACCGACGGCCCCACAGAGAGGAGGGUGGUCCUGGGGAAGGCCCUGGUGUUGGGCUGCCAGGCCUCGGGACACCCCCCCCCCUCCCUCACCUGGCUGAAGGACGGCGUCCCCGUGCAGGACGGGGGGGGCGUGGCCGUCGCCCAGGAGGGGGCGGAGCUCCGCAUCGCCGCCGCCGACGUCUCCGACGCCGGACACUAUGUCUGCGUAGCAACCAGCGUCGCCGGGGAGAAGGCCGUCCAGUACGACGUCACCGUUCUAGUCCCGCCCUUCGUCGAGGGCAGCGCCGAGGUCACAGAGGUCACGGUGGUCCUCGACAGCCCCCUGGAGCUGGAGUGUUACGCCACCGGGGCCCCCGCGCCCAGCAUCAGGUGGGUUAAGGACGGCCAGCCGCUGGGGCAGGGGGAGGGGGUCCGAGUGGCGGCGGGGGGGCGCCGGCUGCUGCUGGCCCGCGCCCAGGCCUCAGACACGGCGCGCUUCCAGUGCGUGGCGACCAACGAGGCGGGAGAACACGACCGGGACUUCAACGUGGCCGUCCACGUGCCCCCGUCCAUCCGGCCCUCUGGCCCCCCCGACCGCUCGGUGGUCCUCCACGGGGCCCUCAGCCUGCAGUGCGUCCCCAGCGGGGCCCCCACCCCCAGCAUCACCUGGCUCAAAGACGGCCGCCCCGUGGACACGGCGCAAGAGCACCUCAAGCUCCAGUCUGCGGGCCGGGUGCUGCAGGUGACCCAGGCCAGACUAGAGGAUUCUGGGAGGUACUCCUGCGUGGCCACCAACGCCGCCGGAGAGGUCCAACAACAUCUACGUCUGAGUGUCCAUGAGCCCCCCAGAAUCCCCUACUCUGGAGAAGUCGUCAACCAGACCAUCUUGACUGGCUUCUCAACACAGCUGGAAUGCAAGGCGACUGGCAGCCCUAUCCCCGCGAUCACGUGGUACAAAGAUGGCCGCCCGCUGAGCGGCGCGGGCGGGGGCGUGGCCCUGCUGCGGCGCGGAACCGUGCUGGAAGUCGGACGCGCCCGCGUGACGGACGCCGGCCUGUACCGCUGCGUGGCCGCCAACGUGGCCGGGAGCGCCGAGGCCUCCACCCGGCUGCACGUCCACGUGCCCCCGCUGAUCUCCAGCCGCGGCGGCACGGUGACGGUGGUGGUGAACGAGGCCGCCCGGCUGGACUGCGAGGCCACCGGCCUGCCCCCGCCCAGCCUCACCUGGCUCAAAGAUGGCCGCCCCGUCGCCAGCGUGUCAGACGGCAUCCAGGUGUUGUCCGGCGGCCGGCAGCUGUCCCUGACCAGCUCCCAGGUCAGCGAUACGGGCUCCUACACCUGUGUGGCCGUCAACUCUGGGGGGGAGCAGCAGCGAGAGUACGACCUGAGAGUAUACGUGCCCCCCAACAUCAGCGGGGAGGAGGCCAACGCCACCGUGAUGCUGGGGGGUCCCGUGGAGCUGCUCUGCCAGAGCGACGCCAUCCCCCCGCCCACGCUGUCAUGGCGCAAAGAUGGCCGCCCGCUCUUCAGAAAACCAGGACUCAGCGUCUCAGAGAACGGGAGGCUCCUUAAGAUCGACAGCUCCCAGGUGCAGGACUCCGGCCGCUACACCUGUGAGGCCACCAACGUCGCCGGCAAGACGGAGAAGAACUACAACCUCAACGUCUGGGUGUCUCCCAGUAUCCGGGCCUCGGAGGACGGCACUCCGCUGACGGUGGUCGAGGGGAGUCUGAUCACUCUGGUGUGCGAGUCCAACGGGAUCCCCCCCCCCAGCCUGGCCUGGAGGAAGAACGGAGCUGAGCUGAAGGCCGACCCCCGGGUCAGGGUUCUGUCGGGGGGGCGCCAGCUGCAGAUCUCCCGGGCUGAGAGGGCCGACUCCGCCUCCUACACCUGCAGCGCCACCAGCUCCGCCGGCACCGCCUCCAAGGAGUACAGCCUCCAGGUCUACGUCCGCCCUUCCAUCAAACACAGCGUGGGCGGGGCCGGGGAUGUGGGCGGGGCCGGGGACGUGACCGUGACCAGGGGCGGCGACAUCCUCCUGCGGUGCGACGCCGACGGCGUGCCCCGCCCAGCGGUGACCUGGCUGAAGGACGGCCGGCCAAUCACGGGCCAGCUCGGUGUGGCGCUGCUGGACGAGGGCCGGCUGCUGCAGAUUACCGACGCCAAAGUGUCGGACACGGGGCGCUACAGCUGCGUGGCGGUCAACGUGGCGGGACAGGCCGACAGCCGGCACGACGUCAGCGUCCACGUCCCCCCCAGCAUCGCGGGGCAGCUGGUGGUCCCGGAGAACGUGAGCGUGGUGGUGAAGAACCCCCUGGCCCUCACCUGCGAGGCCUCGGGCAUCCCCCUUCCCGCCAUCACCUGGUUGAAGGACCAACAGCCAAUCACAGCCUCCAGCUCGGUGCGCAUCCUCUCCGGGGGGCGGAGCCUGCGCCUGACGCACGCCGCAGUGGAGGAUGCUGGGAGAUACACGUGUGUGGUCACCAACAGCGUUGGAGAGGAGAGGAAGACUUUUGACCUCGACGUUCUCGUCCCACCCAGCAUUGUGCAUGAGGGCACUCUGGUGGAUACCAAGGUGAAGGAGAAACACAACAUCACCCUCUCCUGUGAGGCUGCUGGUAACCCCGUCCCGGAGCUCCGCUGGCAGAAGGACGGCCGGCCGCUGCCUCCGGACGGGCGCCACCAGGUGCUGUCCCACGGCCGCCGGCUGCACCUCUCCGGGGCGGCGGUGUCCGACACUGGCCGCUACAGCUGCCUGGCGUCCAACAGCGCGGGGGAGCGCAGCCGACACAUCAACAUCAACGUCCUGGUGUCUCCCACCAUCGCUGGCUCGGGCCCCGAGGGCUCUGCUGAGGAGGUGACCGUCACCCUUAGCAACCCCACCUCCCUGGUGUGCGAGGUGCAGUCGUACCCGGCCGCCCUCGUCACCUGGCUGAAGGACGGCCGCCCCUUCCAGUCAGGCCGCAGCGUCCGGGUACUUCCAGGCGGGCGGACGCUGCAGAUCCUGAGCGCUACAGAGGAGCAUGCUGGGAGAUACACGUGUGUUGCCACCAAUGAGGCGGGAGAGACGCUGAAGAACUACGAGGUCAAGGUCUUUGUCCCGCCUCAGAUCAACAAGAACGACAUCCCCGGGGAGGGGCUGAACCCCAAGGAGCUAAAGGUGAAGGUCAACCACAGCCUGACCCUGCACUGUGAGGCCCAGGCCGUCCCCACGCCGGCGCUGCAGUGGUACAAGGACGGACAGGUCUUGCGGGCCGACGCCCACGUCAGCAUCACGGCCGGGGGUCGGGUGGUGCAGAUCCAGCAUGCCCAGGUGGAGGACACCGGCCGGUACACCUGCAUCGCCACCAACGUGGCCGGAGAGGACGAGAAGGACUUUGAUGUAAAUAUACAAGUGCCGCCGAGUUUCAACAGAGCGGGCGAUACCAUCUCUCCCCCCGGCAGCGGGGGUGAGGCCAAGGAGGUGGUCCUCAACAACCCGCUGUCUCUGUACUGUGAGACCAACGCCGUCCCCCCGCCCACCCUCUCCUGGUACAAAGACGGGCGGCCGCUGGCGUCCAACGACAGAGUGCUCAUCCUGCCAGGAGGGCGUGUGCUCCAGAUACCGAGGGCCCAGGCCGACGACUCGGGGAGGUACACGUGUGUGGCGGUCAACGAGGCUGGGGAGGACUCCCUUCAGUACGAUGUUAGGAUCCUACUGCCUCCAGUCAUAAGGGGAGGAGAAACUGAUCUUCCCGAUGAGGUCACAGUUCUAGUCAACAAGACCACCCAAUUGGAAUGCCACGUUGACGGAAGUCCCGCCCCUAAAACCACCUGGCUGAAGGACAGCCAGCCAAUCAGUUCCGAGGGCCGCUACAGACUCCUCCCAAACGGCCGCACACUGCAGGUGUUGAACGCACAGGUGUCAGACACGGGCCGCUACGUGUGUGUAGCGGACAACGUAGCGGGCAGCGCAGAGAAGUCCUUCAACGUCAACGUUCACCUGCCUCCCAGCAUCGUGGGCCCCAGCCCUGAGACCCAGACGGUGGUGGUCAACCACUUCAUAUCGCUGACCUGCGAGGCCUCAGGCUUCCCCCCGCCCUCGCUCAGCUGGCUGAGGGACCGCGGCCCGGUGGCGCCCCACUCCAACGCCGUCAUCAUGCCAGGCGGUCGGACCCUGCAGAUCCUGAGGGCCAGAGAGUCAGACGGAGGGAGGUACACCUGCGUGGCCGUGAACCCAGCGGGGGAGGCCCGGAGAGUCAUCUCCCUCACCGUGUUGGUCCCUCCCAGUAUCCGGGACCGGAGUGGGGAGUCCCCGGUGGUGGUGAGUGUGCGGCUGGGCAAGGCGGUGACCCUGGAGUGUGAGUCCAACGCCGUGCCCCCCCCCACCAUCACCUGGUACAAGAACGGCCGCGCGGUCAGCGAGACGGCCCACCUGCAGCUCCGGGCCCGGGGCCAGAGGCUGGAGAUCAGAGGGGCCGAGGUGUCUGAUACCGGCCAAUAUGUUUGCAAAGCCUCCAAUGUCGCCGGGCAAGUGGACAAGAACUUCCACCUGAAUAUCUACAUACCUCCCAGUAUAGACGGUCCUCCAGAGGAACAUGUGGUGGAAACCAUCUCCAACCCAGUGACCCUGGCCUGCGACGCCAGUGGGAUCCCCCCCCCCAGCCUGACCUGGCUGAAGGACGGCCGGACCCUCGAGACCUCGGAGUCCCUGGAGAUGCACAUCCUGUCAGGGGGCAGCCGGCUGCAGAUCGCCCGCUCCCAGCCGGCCGACGGCGGCCGCUACACCUGCGUGGCGUCCAACCUCGAGGGCGAGGCCCGCAAGAGCUACCAGCUGCUCGUACAAGUGCCUCCCAGUAUCUCCGGCUCUGAGAUGCCCAGCGACGUGGGGGUGCUGCUGAACCAGAGCGUCCAGCUGCAGUGCCUCGCUGAGGGAACCCCCCCGCCCACCGUCCAGUGGCUGAAGGACGGGGAGCGGCUCAAUGGGACGGGGGGCGGAGCCAACGGGACGGGGGGCGGAGCCAACAGACUCAGCAGCAGCCCGGACGGCGCCGUGCUCACCGUGGCCGCGGCGCGCCCCUCCGACAACGCCAAGUACACCUGCGUGGCCACCAACAGCGCCGGGGAGGACGACCGCAUCUUCAACCUCAACGUGUUCGUGCCCCCCACCAUAGAGGGGACCAGCGAGCCGCCCCAGGGCCUGACGGCCGUCCUGAACGGCGCUGUGACCAUGCGGUGUGUGGUCAGCGGGUCGCCCCCCCCCCAGAUCAACUGGCUGAGGAACGGCCUCCCGCUGCCCGUCUCCUCCCACGUCCGGCUGCUCUCGGCCGGCCAGGCGCUCCGGAUCGCCCGCACCCAGGUGUCCGACGGCGGCUCCUACACCUGCGUGGCGUCCAACCGGGCCGGGGUGGAGAACAGACACUACAACCUGCAGGUCCACGUGCCCCCCCGCCUGGACCGAGCGGGGUCCACGGAGGACGUGACGGUGGUGAGGGGGAACCCGGCCUCUCUGGUCUGCAUCGCCGACGGGACCCCCCCCCCCACCCUGUCCUGGUUCAGGGACGGCCUGGAGCUGGACCCCGACCUGGAGCUCCGCCUCCUCCACCUUAACACCACCCUGGAGCUGCCCCGGGCCGCGCCCAAUCACACGGCCCGCUACACCUGCCGGGCGGACAGCGUCGCCGGGCGGGCCAGCCGCCACUUCAACCUCAGGGUGCUGGAGCCCCCCAGCAUCAACGGGUCCCAGGUUCCUGUGGAGGUGUCGGUGGUGGUCGACCACGCCCUGGAGCUGGAGUGUGAGGCGUGGGGCGUCCCCCCCCCCUCCCUCACCUGGCUGAAGGACGGACGCCCGCUGCCCCAGACGGACAGAGUGCGCCUCCUGCGGGGAGGGGAGGGGCUCGUCGUGGCCUCGGCCCAGGUAGAGGACACAGGUAGAUACACCUGUCUGGCUAACAGUCCGGCCGGAGAUGAUGACAAGGAGUUCCUGGUCAGAGUGCAUGUCCCCCCCAACAUCGCGGGGGAGGGCGCCCCCCAGGACGUGGCGGUGCUGCGGGGCAGACAGGUGACUCUGGAGUGCCAGUCCGACGCCGUCCCCCCGCCCACGCUCACCUGGCUCAAGGACGGCUCCCCCCUCCAGCCGUCAGGCCGUGUGCGUCUCCUCUCUCAGAGCCGCUACCUGCAGAUCAACACGGCGGAGCUCGGAGACCACGCCCACUACACCUGCGUAGCAACCAACGUCGCCGGGGAGACCACCAGACAGUUCAACCUCACCGUCAAUGUGGCCCCCAGCAUCCAGCCGGGGCCCCAGAGCGUGGCGGUGCUCCUGGCCCAGCCCGCGGUGUUGGGGUGUGUGGUGGAGGGCGUGCCCCCCCCUCGCGUCACCUGGAGGAAGCACGGAGCGGUUCUGGAUGGAGACCACCCCAGGUACACCAUCACAGAGGACGGCUCCCUGCUCCUCCACGCGGCCCAGGUGAGGGACACGGGACGCUACCUGUGCAUGGCCACCAACCCGGCCGGGACCCAGCAGAGGAGGGUGGACCUGCAGGUGCACGUGCCGCCUUCUGUCGCCGGCGGGCGCUCAGACCUCACGGUGACGGUGAACGUCCAGACCACCCUGGCCUGCGAGGCCACCGGCAUCCCCAAGCCCAGCGUGAGCUGGACCAAGAACGGCCGGGCCCUGAACACGGACCAGAAGCAGAACCUGUACCGGUUACUGUCGUCUGGCUCCCUGGUUGUCAUGGCGCCCACGGUGGAGGACACGGCGACGUAUGAGUGUCUGGUCUCCAACAAGGCCGGAGAGGACUCCCGCACCGUCAACCUCACUGUUCAAGUGCCCCCCUCCCUGGCGGACGAGCCCUCUGAGCUGGAGGUGCUCCGGCUGGCCCCCGUGGUCCUGGGCUGCUCUGCGUCCGGAGUCCCUGAGCCGGCCGUCACCUGGAGUCGGGACGGAGUGGAGCUGUCCAAUCAGGGAGCAGGUUACACUGUCCUGCCCUCAGGGCCGCUGGAGAUCUCCUCGGCCGAGCUGCGGCACGCCGGUCGCUACCUCUGCGUGGCCCAGAACGCCGCGGGCUCCGCCCAGCGCCGUGUGCAGCUCAGCGUGCUCGAGACGCCCCUGAUCCUGGAGCACCCGUCCCACCUGGACGUGAUCCUCCACAGCCCAGUCACCCUGCCCUGCAGAGCCACCGGCUCCCCCAGGCCCUCGGUCCGCUGGCAGAGGGAGGGCAUCAACACCCACACCCGGGGCGCUGGCUUCACCGUCCUCCCAACCGGAGCUCUGCUCAUCUCCAAGGCCUCGGCGACCGACGCCGGGACCUACAUGUGUGUGGCGCAGAACCCAGCCGGGACCGCCCUGGGCAAGACCAAGCUCAGGGUCCAGGUGCCUCCGGCCAUCAGCUCCGACGCCGCCCGCUACCUGGCGCCGCUGGACUCCUCGGUGACGCUGCGUUGCCACGCCGACGGCUCCCCCUCCCCCUCCAUCUCCUGGCACAAAGACGGCGGUCCGCUGGCGGAGUCCCUGCGGCUGCGGCCGCUGGCCUCGGGCUCCCUGCAGAUCGCCUUCGCCCGGCCCGGCGACACCGGCCGCUACACCUGCCUGGCGGCCAACCCCGCCGGCUCGGCCAGCCGGGAGAUGAGCCUCACCGUGCAGAUCCCUCCCUCCAUCAGGGGCGGGGCUCUGGAGGUGGCGGUGGUGGCGGGGGGCCAGGCCCAGCUGCUGUGCUCCGCCGAGGGGGUCCCGCAGCCCUCCCUGUCCUGGGAGAAGGAGGGCGUUCCGCUCAGCCAGAGCACCGGGGAGUUCACCGUCCUGCCCUCGGGGGAGCUGCUCCUCGACGCCGCUCAGCCCGAUGACGCUGGCCUCUACACCUGCGUGGCCACCAACGCGGUGGGGGAGGACAGCCACACGGUGGCGCUGUCCGUCCACACCCCGCCGGUCUUCAGCCGCCUGCCGGAGGACGUGGCCCUCAGCAGGGGGGGGCGCCUGACGCUGGGCUGCGGGGCCGCCGGGGCCCCCCUCCCCAAGAUCACCUGGGCCUUCAACAACAGCACCCUCCCAGCGCACCACGACCACAUGGGCCACAGCGAGCUGGUGAGGGAGCGGGUGACCAAGGAGGACUCCGGCUCCUACACCUGCGUGGCCGAGAACACCGCCGGCACCAUCAAGGCCGUGGCCUUCGUCUACGUCAAAGAGCCGCCCGUCAUCGAUGGGGACCUCCACUCCAGCCGCGUUGAGCCCCUAGGGGGCACCGCCGUGCUGCACUGCGAGGUCCGGGGCGACCCCCUGCCCGCCAUCACGUGGAGACGGGGGGGCGUCGCCAUGGAGACCAGCGAGCGCGUCCGCCAGCUGACCAACGGCUCCCUGGCGAUCUACGGCACCGUGGGCGAGGACGCGGGGAGCUACCUGUGCGUGGCCACCAACGAGGCAGGGGCGGUGGAGAGGAGUGUGUCCCUGGUGUUGCAGAGUGCGCCCAGCGUCACGGUGGAGCCGCUGGAGGCCCUGGUGGACGCCGGCUCCACCCUGCUGCUCCACUGCCGGGCGGGGGGGGAGCCCACCCCGCUCCUGGAGUGGUCCCGCCACGGCCGCCCCCUGCUGGCCAGCGAGCGCCUCUCCACCCUGGCCAACGGCUCGCUGCGGCUCAGCGGCGUCCAGCGAGAGGACACGGCCGAGUACGAGUGCGUGGCCCGGAACCUGCUGGGCGCCGCGGCGGCCCGCGUGGCGCUCACCGUGAGAGUGCACGGCGGCUACGCAGAGUGGACUCAGUGGGGCCCCUGCAGUGUGUCCUGUGGGGCCGGGGCCCAGAAGAGGCUGAGGCAGUGCAACAAACCCCUCCCUGCCAACGGGGGGCGCCACUGUGCAGGGCUGGACUCAGAGACACGCAGCUGUCAGGGAAAGCCCUGCCCAGUGGACGGGCGCUGGUCCGAGUGGUCCGUCUGGGAGGAGUGCUCUCGGAGCUGCGGCCAGGGCAACAGGACGCGGGUGCGGAGCUGCAGUAGCCCUCCCGCUCAGCACGGGGGCGCUGUCUGCGAGGGCCAGGCCGUGGAGGCCAUCCUGUGCAGCGUCAGGCCCUGCCCUGUGGCGGGGAGCUGGGGCGCCUGGUUGCCAUGGAGCCCCUGCAGCGAGACGUGUGGCGAGGGCACGCAGAGCAGGCUCCGCCUCUGCAACGACCCCCCCCCGGCCUUCGACGGGCCGCGCUGCGCCGGGCCGGACGCUCAGACCCAGCUCUGCAGGGAGAGACCCUGUCCCGUGGACGGGAAGUGGUCAUCAUGGGUGAGCUGGGGAGCCUGUGGGGUUUCCUGUGGGGGCGGGACCCGCCAGAGGACACGCCUCUGCGCCAGCCCCGCCCCCCAGCAUGGGGGCAGGCAGUGUGAGGGCAGCGACGUGCACACAGACUUCUGCAACAGCGAGCCCUGCCCAGUGGCGGGGCACUGGGCCCCCUGGAGCGGCUGGGGCGGCUGCAGCCGGACCUGCGACGGGGGGCAGGCCCGGCGCUACAGGACAUGUGACAACCCCAGACCGGCCAAUGGGGGCCGAGCGUGUGCAGGGGCGGACACGCAGAUACAGAGAUGCAACACGGACAGCUGCCCAGUGGACGGUAGCUGGGGCUCCUGGCAGCCCUGGGGGGGCUGCUCCUCCUCCUGCGGGGGGGGCGAGAGGACGCGGGUCCGACUGUGUAACAGUCCGUCGCCAGGCAACGGGGGCCGACCCUGUCCAGGGGACGUCUCCCAGCUGUCCAGGUGUCACACUCAAGCAUGCCCAGGCGGGCCCCAGACGGCGCGCGGCAGCAUCAUCGGCAACAUCAACGACAUCGAGUUCGGCAUCGCCAUCCUAAACGCUACCGUCUCCGACAGCCAAUCCGGGGGCCGCCUCGUCCAGGCCACCAUCACCAACGUGCCGAGGACCUUAGGCCCGGCCAUGAGGCAGCUGGUCUCCCUCCUGACCCCCGUCUACUGGACCGCCGCGCAGGAGCUGGGGGCGGCGGCCAACGGCUUCACGCUGACCGGGGCGCACUUCAGGAGGGAGACGCAGGUGGAGUUCGCUACAGGUGAGGUCCUGAGGAUGACCCACAUCGCCAGGGGGCGGGACUCUGACGGAGCGAUGCUAUUGGACAUCGUGGUGAACGGACACAUCCUCCAGCUGCCCUCGCACGUGGACGUCGCCAUCAAGGACUACACCGAGGACUACGUCCAGAUGGGGCCGGGCCAGCUCUACGCUCUGUCCACCCGCAUGUUCAGCAUCGACCGGGAGAGCGUGCCCUACUCCUGGAACCACACCAUCACCUACGACGCCGCCAAGGGCAAGAUGCCCUACCUGGUGGAGACCCUGCACGCCUCUGGCAUCAAGGCGCUCUACCGCCCCCUGGAGGAGACGCUGGAGUAUAACAUCCACGCCGCCAUAGCCAAGGGGGACCGCAGUAACCAGUGUCCCCAGGGCUUCCUGCUGGACUCUGCUGGGCCGUACUGCACUGAUGAGAAUGAGUGUGAGGUGGGGAGCCCAUGUUCUCACAGCUGCCACAACGCCAUCGGCUCCUACUACUGCUCCUGUCCCCAGGGCCUCACCAUCUCCGCAGACGGACGUAGCUGUCAGGAUAUCGAUGAGUGUUCCCUGGGCGGGCACAUGUGCCGCGGCGACCAGGACUGUGAGAACACGAUUGGCUCGUAUCGGUGUGUCAUGCGCUGUGGGCGGGGCUUCAGGAGAACGGCAGACGGCCUGAGUUGCACCGAUGUGAACGAGUGUCAGGAGUCCAACCCGUGUAACCAGCGCUGCCUGAACACCCUGGGCAGCUACCGCUGUGGCUGUGACCCCGGCUACCACCUCAGGAACCGCCGCUGUCUGGAUGUCAACGAGUGCCGCCAGCGGGUGUGUCGCUCGGACCAGCAGUGCAGGAACACGCGGGGCAGCUACACCUGCACCGACCUCUGUCCCAGCGGGAUGACCAAGAGCUCCAACGGCACCUGUGUUGACCUGGACGAGUGCAGGGACGGCACCCACCUGUGCAGGUACAACCAGGUGUGUGAGAACACGCGGGGAAGCUACCACUGCGCCUGCCCCCGCGGCCACCGAUCCCAGGGGGUGGGACUGCCCUGCGUCGACAUCGAUGAGUGCGCCCGACAGCCUCCGCCCUGCGCCCACACCUGCUCCAACACCCCGGGCAGCUUCAGGUGCCGCUGCCCGCCAGGGCGCCACCUGCUGGGCGACGGCCAGUCCUGCGCCGGCCUGGAGCAGCUGCCCCGCUACGAGAGCUACGAGAGCUACCUGUACGGCUACCGCGCCUCGCAGGGCUCCCCGGAGCGCCUGUACCACAACCUCGCCUCCCAAAGCUUCCACACCCGCGUGGGACAGGAGCGGGGCCCCAGCCCCCGCCGCCCGCGCAGAGCUAGCGGCGCGCGGGGCCCCGGCGGCGGAGCUAGCGGCGCGCGGGGCCCCGGCGGCAGAGCUAGCGGCGUGCGGGGCCCCGGCGGCUGUCCGCGGGGCUUUGAGCCCGGGGCCGGUCGCUGCUUAGACAUCAACGAGUGUGAGGUGCAGGACGCCUGCCAGCACGAGUGUGUGAACAGCGCUGGGAGCCACCGCUGUCUCUGUCCCGCCGGCUACCGCCUCAUGACCAACGCCAAGACCUGCCAAGAUAUUGAUGAGUGCCUGGAGCAGAACAUCCAGUGUGGCGCCAACAGGAUGUGCUUCAACAUGAGAGGAAGUUACCAGUGCAUCGACACGCCCUGUCCCCCCAACUACCAGAGAGAUCCAGACACAGGCUUCUGCCUGAAGAGCUGCCCCCCCAACGACCUGGAGUGCGCGCUGAGCCCCUACGCGCUGGAGUACAAGCUGCUGGCGCUGCCACGGGGCAUCGGCGCCGCCCAGGACCUGAUCCGGCUGGUCGCCUACACCCAGGAGGGCGUGAUGCACCCGCGCACCACCUUCCUGGAGGUGGAGCCGGCCCCCGCCUCGCCCUUCGCCCUGCGGGACGAGCACCUGAAGGGGGUGCUGUUCACCACCCGGGCCCUGCAGGAGCCGCGCACCUACCGCAUGAGGGUCCGCGCGCUCUCCUACAGCCAGGAGGGGGCGCUGGAGUACCAGACCACCUUCAUCGUGUACAUCGCCGUCUCCACCUACCCGUACUGAGAGCCCUCUACCGCACGGCGGGGGGGGGGGGGGGUCAGACCGGGGGCUAGGGCCCUAACCUUCAGCCAGUAGUCUGACGGGGGGCUAGGGCCCUAACCCUAACCCUAACCCCAGUAGUCUGACGGGGGCUAGGGCCCUAACCCUAACCCCAGUAGUCUGACGGGGGCUAGGGCCCUAACCUUAACCCUAACCCCAGUAGUCUGACGGGGGCUAGGCCACUAACCCUAACCCCAGUAGUCUGACGGGGGCUAGGGCCCUAACCCUUACCCCAGUAGUCUGACGGGGACUUGGGCCCUAACCCUUACCCUAACCCCAGUAGUCUGACGGGGGCUAGGGACCUAACCCUUACCCUAACCCUAGUAGUCUGACGGGGACUUGGGCCCUAACCCUUACCCUAACCCCAGUAGUCUGACGGGGGCUAGGGCCCUAACCCUUACCCUAACCCCAGUAGUCUGACGGGGGCUAGGGACUCCUUCACCGGCCCCCGGAGCGUCUCACGGCCCACCGGUCUGUUGGGAGAAAGACUUCAACAGAAACCAGCAGGACACUUCUCCCUCAGGACUCUCGGAUGUGUUAUAAUAAUAAUAAUAAUACUUCAUUAUAUUUAAAUAGCGCUUCUCAAUGACCCAAAGACGCUUACAGUGAAGGGGGGGACCUAACUCACCACCACCAGUGUGCAGCACCCACUUGGGUGAUGCACGGCAGCCAAUCUGCGCCAGUUAUCUUAUCUAGUGUCUCCAUGCUGUGCCUUAAAUAGGAGUUCUUAUUGGCUGCCCUAAGGCUGCUCUCAUUCUAUUGGUGCACAGCCGACCCUGGACUGUAGGCCCCUCACAGCGAUGUGUAUACCUAUUUUACAUCUUAUUAACUUAUUUGGAUUGUGCUUGAACAGGGCAAUACAACACCAAAUCAGGCAGCCCUGGAUAGGUAGUAAUCAGAGCAUAAUAAUUACUUAAUUAGUGUUCAGUGGUUCCAGGAGCUAGUGUCCCAUAUCCUCAGGUAUCCAGGUCAGCACGGGUCCAAUAAGAGAAGCACCGUGAGAGCAGAUCAAUCAUGUGCCUUAAUAUUCCAUCAGCAGCCAAUUAUCGAGAUGUAUUGUAUUUUUAUUAUUUGUAUAUAGCGUUUGCUCAUAAUGUAUUGCUAUAAUGUACUGUAUCCAAUUUUUUUAUAAAAGAAAAACACUCCAAUUGAAAUUUGUGCCUGUAUUGCUUUUAUAUUAAAACAGUUGCACAAUUUAACAAGUUUUGCAUUCUAAAUGCUAUAAAUCUUAAAUGCCAAUAAUAGUUUGUUCAACAUACACACAUCUCAUGAGCUUUAAUACUUUUUAUUGUUUUGUCAGAAAAGCAUAAACAUAAAAAAGAAAUAAGGCAGUUGGUCCAUCAUGCUUUUUGUCACUUGCUAGAUGUGCACAGAUUGAAAAUAUCCGAUAACAAAAGUAAACUGACAUUUUUCAUUAUUUCCCUUCUCAAUAAUGUGCAACACUGGCCAUUACUGCAGUGAAAAGGUAUUUCAUUAUUUCAACAUCUGGAUGUAUCGCCUGAUUAAAGUAUUAACCGAUGUGGUAGAAAACCAUUACCGAUUAUAGAAUAUACUUUUGAAAGUAAUUUACACAUGACUGAAACAUUGUAGCCUUGUCAAAGUUACUCUCCUUUGGAACUGAAUUGGCAGUGAGCUGGGACCAAAAGGAACCGUGAAACUAAACUCCUAGUAGCGUGAUGGUAGUUAAUCUCAUCACAAACAGUCUAUAUUAUCAAUAGCAAAGCAGAAGAACCCAUUUGUCCGAAGUAGCGCCUGAUGCGACCGGAAGUCUCCAGGAGAAACAAGAGGAGCCUAUUGAGGUGAUAACAGGAGGCUUCCACCACAGCUGGGAUCUUAAGAGCGUUUAAAGACAAGGAGGAACUAACCUUUUCUUAUGUUGCAGACAGAAUACACCACUCACAUGAAAACAAACCGUAUUCACAUGUUAGAUUGGAUUGUACUCAAUUAAAAUGUGCAGCAAUUAACCAAAUAAUUACCAUCUACAGUUGUGAACUGAAUACACACACAGCAAUCAAGGCGUAUGGGUGUGUUUAUGUGUGUGUUGGGAUGCAGACUAGACAGUAUAAUCCCAUUUUCUCUUUCCUUUAUAAAUAUAUAUCCAGAUGGCUGAACAAUAGAUCAUAAACUGUGGCGGGGUUCAUGCGAUAGCGUAUUGCCAAGAGAUACAAGAGCAAAACAAAAGACCCUCACAUGACCGGUUAAGUUUCGGGGGCAUUUUUCUUUUACAUUUUACUUUUGAAUGUUAUUCCCCCCCCCCCUGUGAUAAAUCCACCAGAACCUUGCCGCCUGCAUGUUUCACUGGCAUCUUCCUCUUGGUCCUCAGUUACACAGUCUUCCUCGCGGUCAGCACCCUGACGAUGCAGCCCACGCCCCCAGCCGAGA